CAGUUGCUGACUUUUUUCAGUUAUUGUCUUUUAUUUCGAACAUGUUGGACAAAUGACUAAAUCAUUUUGUAAAUAAAUAUACAAAGGUGUAUCUAAUAUAAUAAGUGUCUACUGCAUAUUAGAUGUAUCCAAUUUGCAUCAAAUAUUGAAAUAAUAGUAUUUCUUUAAUCAUUAUAGGUACAUAUAUUUGGACUACACCAGAAACUCUAUUAUUAUUAAACAUAUAUGGUGAAUAUAAGGAUGAAUAUUAGAAUGGAAAAGGAACAGUUAAACAAUACUGGGAUAAAGUUGCAAAAGCUAUGCAAGACAAAGGAUAUGAUGUAACGGGCAUGAAAUGUUCAAUAAAGUUUCAGGCCUUAAAACGAACAUAUAAAUCAAUUAUGGAUCAUAAUAAUAAAAGUGGGAAUAAUCGCAAAGAAUGGGAAUAUCUAAAAAUUAUGAAUGAAUUGUUUGCGGAUAAACCUUGGAUCAAACCUUUGGCUGUGGCAGGGUCAAAUGUGGAUGAAGAUGAGAAAGAGAAUACACCACAGGAAAAAUGUAUUAAAAAGAGAAAGUUGAAUAUACUUAUACAAGACUAUAUAUCAUAUAACAAGGAAGAACAAAAGAAACGAAGAAAGUUUAGAGAAAAAAAAUAUGAAGAGAAACAAAUUGCAUUUAAGCGAUUACAAGAUUUAAUGCAAAGAUUGAUAGAAAAAGAAAAGAGUAAGAAAAAAGUAAAGUAGAUUGAGUGAGAAAGAAAAACGGAUAAAGGAUAUAAUGCUUAUUUUGUUCAUUACAAAGUUUUGAGUUUAAGUUCAGAGCUUUUUUUAUUUUUGAGUGAGAAAGAAAAACGGAUAAAAGAGAGAAUGUUUGUUUUAUAAAGUUUAGAAUUUUAGUUCAGAAUUUUUUUAUUUUUGAGUGAAGAAGAAAAACGGAUAAAGGAUAGAAUAUUUAUUUUGUUCAUUACAAAGUUUAAAGUUUAAGUACAGAGUUUUUAUAUUAUAUUUCUUUGGCAAUAUCAUAUACUGAAAUGUGAUAAAAAUUUUAUUUUGUUUUUAUUAACUGUUUAUCAACAAAAAUUAGUACAGUUCAAUGACUAGGUUUAUUAUCUAUGACAGUAUAAGAAAAGACUGAAUAUAU